GACAUGCCCCAGGCCAUCCCCUCGUACCCCGACUGUAACCUGCCGACCGUCCCCUUCGUCGCCACCAUCCCGGGGGGGCUCGUGCCCAAGAAAACCAUCGUGGUCAAGGGUUUCAUCCCCUGGAUGCCAACAGCUUCCCCCAAAUCCCUGUUCCACAUCAACCUGCGGGCAGGGCCGGGGGACAUCCUGCUGCACCUGAACCCCUGCAUGGACGCCGGGGUGGUGGUCCGGAACAGCCUCCUGGGGGGCUCCUGCGAGGAGGAGAGGGCAGUGCCCCACAGCCCCUUCCAGCGCGGCCGCUACUUCGAU